GUGUUAUCAUUUGUGGUUUUAGUUAUUAUGACUGCGAUUAUGACGUCACUCGUUCCACUACUCGCGCCAGCCGAUUGGUAAUGUGAACGCAGCAUUAUACGGUUUAAUGAACGACCGACUAUGGCGGCGGCGUGCGGCGCGAACACAGUGCGCAGUCGGCCCCGAGCAACAGGCGGCGCGCGCGCAACUUGCGUUCAUGAAGUGAAAGUCUGCGUGACUCACCAGCUGCAGCCAUGAACGAGUAUGCCGAAUACGGUUGGAAACUGCAUCAAAUGCAGAAUGAGCGACUUUGUGGACCUACCAGAAAACGAUUGACAGAUGGAGAUAGGCAACGUGCUCUCGUUGGCUUGAAGGAGGCCGUCGAUUCAAGUCUCAACCUCGCCUUACGCGACAAAAGCCGAUGCCAAGACGACAACUUCCUGCGGAGGUUCCUUUAUGCGUGUAAACACGAUGUGCAACAGAGUUUCGAAUUAUUGGUGCGCUACCACCAAUUCAGACGGGAUCACCCUGAACUGUGGGCGACACCCGAUGGAGGUGUACUCCGUGCCUUAGCUGAUGGACUUCCUGGAGUGCUCACCGAGCGAGAUCGUCGAGGUCGUUGUGUACUAUUGAUGUUUGCUUCGAAUUGGACACCUCACGCCUGUUCUCUUCUCUCUGUGCAUAGAUCUUUGCUGCUCACAUUAGAACGCACACUCGACGAUGUACAAAAUCAAGCAAAUGGAUACGUGAUAAUCGUGGAUUGGACUGAGUUCACUUUCAGACAAUCGUGUAGUUUACAAGCGAAAGUGUUGAAGUUAAUGAUUGACUGUAUACAGGACUGUAUGCCAGUUCGCUUUAAAAGCAUACAUUUUAUAGGUCAACCGUGGUAUGUGGAAACAGCGUUGGCCGUAAUAAAACCUUACCUCAAAGCGAAAACGCGGGAACGUAUCGUGCUCCAUGGGAACAAUUUGUCGACUCUUCAUGAUUCUCUACCAUUAGACAUUCUUCCAGCUGAAUUAGGAGGUGAGGGUCCAUCUUACAAUUCGGAGAGGUGGAUUCAAGAAUUUUGCCGCGGUGAAAAUAUUUGCCCCGCACCUGUGGCGCCAGUGUCAACGGUUGCUCCACAGGAAAACGAACCACCCACUGCAAAAUUAGACAAAGCUUACAUACAAAAGGACAGUGCAAAUUUCUCGUUUCACGGCAGCGAAAAAAGUGCAAAAUCAGAGUUACUACGUGAUAAAGAUUGAUUCUGAAGUUCUGAUCGAUCGCAACGGUGAAAUGGACGGCUCCCUGUCUGGUCACGCUUGUGGCGACGUAUGUACCAAUGUGUAUACGUGCUCCGGACAGAUUAUGUGAUAUCGUGUGUAUUCUUAAUGCUAAUUUAUUGUCCAGAGACUGUAGAGGGUAAACGCCUCAUUAGAAAGCGUUUCGUAUAUGGCCAGGUGCAUUUAUAUGGUCUCGGACUUAAUGGCUCCACUCGGUCGGUGGAUAUUCGUUUCGGUUGGUGGUCAUAUAUUUAAUGAGUCAGCGCAGUUUUGUCUGGCGGGCGGGUGGUGCGGCGAGGUCGACGCAUCCCCGCGCUGCAUCGCCGGCGCUCGCCGCCGUGCUCGCGCGCCAUGCGCCUCUCUCGCUAACACAUGUAACGGUGCCGAGCUCUCAUUUUGCCGCAUCCGCUCGACUCAAGAGCACCGCAUUCGACUUGUCGUUGCAUCAAACUGCUCUCAGCUACUUUCUUACUUUACUCUAUUAUAAUUAUUAUUUAUUAUCACCUAACCAGUACUUGUAGUAAAAAAUAUCUCAUUUAUUAUAGCAAAUACAAGAUUUAAUUAUAGCUUUGCUCACGAGGCUUGUUGCGCAUUUAUUAUGAUUAUAAUGUUAGGUCCAUGUUUAGAAAAUAAUACAGCGAUGAUGUGAAAUAUUUUAAUAAUAAGUAUCUAUUGUAUUCGAUUGUUGUUCGUCAGUCAUCCUGUGUGGUGUGUUAAGUCUAUGUUUUGUCAUAAAUUAUUUUGUGUGUGCUAUUGUAUGUACUUACUAACUGGAUAGGCCUCGCUCGAUGUAAGAAAAUGUUGAUGCUCUCUUCCAUUAUAAUGAUUAAUUUAUAUUACGAUCAUUAUUAGCUGUAUAGACAGACGACUGCUGUGACACUAGCUUAUACAGUAAUCUAGAAUAGUAAGUAAUAUUUAAGAAACCCACUAAAAUGUUGAUUGGAGACCAUGGCAAUAUGAAAAAUUCCAAUUAAAUCAGAUAUAGAUACCUAUUGAAAACUGAUAUUCAAUAAAUGUAUCAAACACAA